GUGUCACUGUGCACUGGAUGGAGAGAGAUGCAGAGAGGGUACAGCUAAAGACUAAUCUCUUGGCCUGCAACCGCUUUAAAGGCUCUCACACAGCGGAGCGCAUCUGUGACCAAUUUGAGGCAAUAUGUGAUGAAUACAACAUCAAAGCUAAAUUGGACUAUAUCAUUAGUGACAAUGCUGCUAACAUGCGCAAGGCAUUUACGGUCUGCUUCCCCAGCGAACAGGAGGAAGAUGAUGAUGCUGGAGAUAAUCUUGAUGAUCCUGAGCUAUGGCAUGACUUAACCCUAGAAGACCAGCAAACUGUCGAUGCUGCUAUGGCAAAGAAACAGCGCCUGCAGUGUUUUGCACACACAUUGCAGCUGGUUGUGGGAGACGGUUUGAAAGAAACAAAAGCGGCAUGUCCUUCUCUCUCCAAGUUAUCAAAACUUAGCUCCCUGCUCCACACAAGCACAACGUUUAAAGACAUCUUCGAUGGUGAAUUUGGGGAGCACAGAGGCAUCCCUGCUGCAGUGAGCACGAGGUGGAAUUCCACACUGCGGCAGGUGAAAGCAGUCCUUCAUUGUGAUCAGCAAAAGCUCUGCGCAGUUCUUGAGAAGGCCGGGCAUAAAGAACUGUCAUUCACACCACAAGAGUGGAAUCUGCUGAAGGAGUUGGUGGACAUCUUGAAACCGUUCGGAGAAGCAACUGAUUUGACACAGGGGGAGAAAGUCAUUACAAUCAGUGCAGUUGUUCCAUCCGUCUUGUCCCUCAAUCACCAUCUUGAGAAGCUGAAGCCUCAAGUUCGUUUCCUGAGCGGCCUGGUCAGAGGUCUGCAGGCAUCCCUGAAAAAAAGAUUUCUUGGGAUCUUCGUUAAUGUGAAAAUGGCCCAGUCUCAAGAAGGGAUCACUGCCCCCUUUUCAGACCUACCUGAAAGCAGCUGCCUUGGAUCCAGCCUUUUGUCUGCUGUGGAUUGAGCCCCAUGUGCUGGUCAACCGUGACAUCAAGGCAGAGGUGGCACAACGAGUUAAAGAAUUGAUCCUGCAAGAUGCUGCAGAGACGGAGCAGCCUGUGCCUGCUGAAGAAGAACUAGAGGACAUGGAAGGAGAAGGGCUGUUUGCUGCAUACCAUAAGAGGCAGAAAAGGGAUGUUGGGACCCCACCAGCAGUACAGCUAAGUCACUACAUUGACAUGGCAGAAGGACAGAAUGCCCUUUUGUUCUGGGCACUGAACAGUAAGACUCUUCCUUCACUCU